GAAAUGAUAAGAUGAGCAACAAGAAUGCUGAUAUUUUGUGGCAAGACAGGGAUAUUCGUUUUGAUAUUACCCCACAGGAGCUGCAGCUUCGACAUGGAGAGAUUAUGAUCGACAAACUAGAGGCUGUUGAGGACACUAAAGGCAAUAGUGGAGACAGAGGAAAGUUAUUUAUAACAAACCUCCGAAUGAUUUGGCAAUCUCAUUCUCGGCCCAGGGUCAGUUUAUCAGUUGGAUGGAGCUGUGUAACAAGUAUAUCCUCUAGAACUGUCAAUUCAAAACUUAGAGGCGUUGCUGAAGCCCUGUAUAUUUUAACAAAGACAAACAACACGCGCUUUGAAUUUAUCUUUACAAAUUUGAGCUCGGGAAACUCACGACUGAUGUCGUCUGUCACGAGUGUGUCUAAGGCAUACAAUUCAAGCAAGAUGUACAGAGAACUGAAGCUUCGUGGAGCUGUGAUCCAAAACAAGCAACUUAAAGUUCUGGCAGAGGAGAAGAUAUAUAGUAAAAUCAAUGGUGUCUGGAACUUAUCUAGUGAUCAGGUGUGUGGCCCAGUUUUUGAACAAAACGUUCAUGUUGGCAUGCCACACGAACUCUUUAAUAUCAGCCUGCCUUACAUACAGAUGGCUUGUGUGAAGAUGAGAGAUUCCAAGUUUGGAAUGGCACUUGUUGUGGAGAGUACAGAAUUAAGUGGUGGGUAUGUUCUUGGGUUCAAAAUUGAUCCUAUUGAGCGACUUCAGGAAGUGUACAAGGAGAUUAGCAGUCUUUUUCAGGUGCAUAACACAAACCCUAAUUAUGGUGUUCAUUUUUAUAUUGAAGAAAGAAGCUCUCUUAUGAUGUCAGAAGAAGGACCUUUAUUAGAUCCCGUUGAAGAUGAUAUAGAGAUUGUAAAUUCAGAUGAUCAGCGUGAUACGUUUGCA